UCCAUCGGUUAAGGUCCUGGGAUCUUGAUCAGAAGGUCGGGGUUCGAGUCCACAAGCUGCUGAGCAUCAGCGUUGGGUCCUUGGGCAAGGUCCUUAAACUCACCUGCUCCAGGGGCGCCGUCCCUAUGGCUUGACCCUGCGCUGUGACCCCAUAACCUGGGAUACGCGAAAACCCUUUUAGUGUCUCAUUAAGAUAAUUUUAAACUGGAAUGCAAUGAAUCAUAAUCUAUGCAUAAAGCUGUCUGUCUCAUAGGAAGAAGGUACCAAGCACUACAUAGUGGGAACACCACAAGACCCUGCUUCCAGGACAUCAGAUGUAUCUGUUCAGAUGCUGAUCAUUAAUGUUAUUCCCGUCACUUGUUAGUGGCUGUAAUGUUAUUUCCGAUCUGCGUGUAUAAAUCAUCGUGUUGGUGUGUAUUGUGAUUUGGACAAAAUCCCUCCGGCCUUCAGGUGGCGCCCUUUCGUUCAUAAACUAACCUCCUGUCGGAGAGGCUUUCUGCUUCUUUAAACAGGAUGGAAAACCGUGCAAACAGCCUGACUGUGCAUUCGGGACCUGGACAUAAUCAAGCGUUUCAUCCAUAAUGCGUAAUCGUGGAAACAUGGAUCUGAGUGAGAAAUCCGAGCUCAGGUGUGCAGUCAUGCAACCAGCCAGAGACUGACUUGGGAAUCAGUGCAUAAAGGCAGAGAGACUGAGCGCAUUGAAACGCCGCUGCGCUCGAGCCGAUUGGAGAUUUGGGGAAACGAUGGAUUAUGAUGACAGAUUACAAAUUCACGCGCAGGUGAAGUGAAGUUUGGGGCAAAAGUGUAAAAGACUGGACUUGUCAACGCGACUCAGGGUUACAGCUGCUGCUACUUUGUGUCACGGAGAGUCCUCUUGCACAUCUGGCUUUUACUAAUCCGAUCUGUAGACAAAACAAACCCCCAGAUGUGGAAAGAAACAUCUGCAAUGUGAUCCAAGGAAUCACCUGCGCGUCUCACGUGAUAAUGAAGGUCGGAGGGAUGAAGCUUUUCUUAAUGAAGUGCUUGUUAUUUCUGCGCUGUGUUUGGCUUUGUUUGGCUGCUUGUGGUGAGCAGGUGGAGCUGCACACGGAGAGAAGAGGAGUGAUCUACAGUCCAUCCUGGCCUUUAAACUACCCUGCUGGAGUCAAUUGUUCCUGGAACAUCCAGGGGAACCAUGGCGAGGUGAUCACUAUAAGCUUCCACAGCUUUGACGUGGAGGAGUCGGGUGGAUGUCGAGGAGACUGGCUGCUGCUCGGCCCCACACGGAAAGACGAGUAUCGUGUAUGCGGCUCGGUCCUGCCGCCUCCGUUCAUCUCCUCCCGAGGUGCUGUGUGGCUCCAUUUUCACUCACGGGCCAACAGCUCAGGACUGGCACAAGGCUUCCGGCUCUCCUACAUACGCAGUCGUUUGGGAGAGAGCAGCUGUGAGAGCGAUGAGUACCUGUGUGGAAACGGGAAGUGUGUGGCGCGCUCCUGGCGCUGUAACGGCCUGGACGAAUGCGGAGACAACACGGACGAGAGGAACUGCAUCGGCCCUCCCACGCCAGCCCGUGCCAGCCUGUGUGCCCCAGGUAUGCUGGAGUGCAGCCUCGCCCAGUCGACCCGCUGCCUGCCCUCAGCGCUGCGCUGUAACGGCGUGCACGACUGCCCCGACGGCUCCGACGAGGCUCAGUGUCCCGACAUGGUGUGUGGAAAACGGCUGGCCAACUUCUACGGCAUGUUCGCCUCGCCAGAUUUUUUCCGGCCGAACCGCAGCGCUGGCACCGACCUCUACUGCACCUGGCUCCUGGACACACAGGACCCGAAGCCUCUGCUGCUGAGGUUGGACCUGCAGUUGGGAGCAGGCGACUCGGUGCGUGUGUAUGACGGUCUGGGGGAACGAGCCGAGCGUCUGCUGCAGAGUCUCACACACCACAACAACCAGCGUUCAGCCACGCUAGAGUCGUCACAGGGGCAGAUGAGUGUCCUGUACCAUGCCAAACCCCACAGCCAGGGGCACGGCUUCAACGCCUCCUACCAGGUGAAAGGUUACUGUUUCCCAGGUGAGUUCCCAUGUGGUCCAGAUGAAGGCUGUUACGCUCAGUAUCAUCGCUGUGACGGUUACUGGCACUGUCCGAGCGGCCGGGAUGAGGAGGGGUGCGCGCUUUGUGCCCCGGGGCAGUACCCGUGCCAGGGGGUUGGAGGUGCGUGUUACUCUGCUCACGAGCGCUGUGACAAUCAGAAACAGUGCCCAGACGGGUCGGAUGAGAAAAACUGUUUCUCCUGCCAGCCGGGAACGUUCCACUGCGCGACGAACCUGUGCAUCCUGGAGACGUGGCGCUGUGACGGGCAGGAGGACUGCGCCGACGGCAGUGACGAGCACGAGUGCCAGGCAGCUGUGCCACGCAAAGUAAUCACAGCGGCGCUGAUCGGCAGCAUGGCAUGCAGCUUACUGCUCGUCAUCGCCCUCGGCUGUGCUUUCAAACUCUACUCGCUUAGAACCAGGGAGUACCGAGCUUUUGAAACCCAGAUGACUCAGCUGGAGGCGGAGUUUGUUCAAAGAGAAGCUCCGCCCUCAUACGGUCAGCUGAUUGCUCAGGGUCUCAUCCCGCCUGUGGAGGAUUUUCCUGCUUAUAAUCCUGCUCAGGUGUCCGUCCUGCACAGUCUCCGCUCCGCCAUGCGGAGACAGAUGAGGCGUCAUUCUUCCCGUCGUAUGGCGUCACGUCGCAGACUGGGCCGGCUUUGGAGUCGCCUGUUCCAGCGAGGGAGUCGGCUGCGUGGUCACAUCCUCCUACUUACCCCACCUGGGCGCGCACACACUCCUUCACAGACGCACCCACUGCCGUCCGGUCACGCACAUGUCAGCUCUCGGAUUGGGAACAGCAGCCACUGUGGUGUAGAGGGGCAGAGCGGCGAGUGGGUGGACCUGCAGGCUCACGCCGAGGCUCUGUGUUUAGCUGAAAGCGGGUCACCUGCGUCGUCCCCCUCAUCACCGGCCCUGCCGCGCUCCACCUCAGACACACUUGAGGACGAAGACGACGAGAAUGACGACGAGAACCUUAACCGAGCGUCAGGUCAUAGGCCCAGAGAUGAGCGGAGAUCACAUGGAGCCCCACGUCGACCCUCACGUCUACCUUUUCAAUCACGAGCAUCCAGGAGGGUCGUCCAGGGACUUGCCGCUGAACUGGGAGCCAUGCCAGUGACACGCUACUCUGUACUGGGAAUCUCUCCUCUGUCCACGCCAGAUUCUCUGACAUCAUCUAGCAGCCAGAACGAAGACGAUGUGAAUUUACCGACACGCACAGACGUCUGCUCAACCGCUCGCUCUGAGUCACACACUGACCCCAAAACACGCUCAGCAGUUAGAAAUAAAAGUGUAAAGAGAUCCGGGAUUCGGGGUGCAGACACGAGCAGCGACGAAGACGAGAACGUCGUUCUGUUCAUGCGCUAAAGGGCCUUAUUCAUCCUGUUUCAAACUUUAUAUAACACAAAUGUUGCUCGCAGAGUGUGUGGGAAAAGUUUACCAAUGACCAUAUGACAUGGAUUAGGUCUAUCAUGACAUCGCUCUUAUUAUAUUCGUAACACUGUAGACUGAAUCUGUUUAUAUUUUUCAGGCAGAAGUAACUGUGAGGAGUCGGGUGUGUGUGGGCGUGGCCAGGGUUUCACUGGGGUCUGUAUGAGUAUGUGGAGGUGGGCAGUUUUUUAAUCCUGUGCCAUGUAGACAUGGUCACUGCUUCUAAAGAAAAAUGUGGGUGGGUCUCUACAGAGAGGCGUGGGCGUGGUCCCAGUCUGUGCAGACAUGUGGGCGUGACCACAGUCUCUACACAGACGUGUGGGCGUGAGCACAGUCUCUACACAGACAUGUGGGCAUGGUCACAGCGUCUACACAGACAUGUGGGCGUGGUCACAGCCUCUACACAACAAUGUGGGUGUGGUCAUAGCCUCUACACAGACGUGUGGGCAUGGUCACAGUCUCUACACAACAAUGUGGGUGUGGUCACAGUCUCUACACAACAAUGUGGGCGUGGUCAUAGCCUCUACACAGACAUGUGGGCAUGGUCACAGCGUCUACACAGACAUGUGGGCGUGGUCACAGCCUCUACACAACAAUGUGGGCGUAGUCACAGUCUCUACAAAAACAUGUGGGCAUGGUCACAACCUCUACACAACAAUGUGGGCGUGGUCACAGUCUCUACACAGCCAUGUGGGCGUGGUCACAACCUCUACACAACAAUGUGGGCGUGGUCACGUCAUCUGCACAGGCAUAUGGGCGUGGUCACAACCUCUACGCAGACGUGUGGGCGUGGUAAUAGCCUCUACACAGACGUGUGGGCAUGGUCACAGUCUCUACACAGAUAUGUGGGCGUGGUCACAGUCUCUACACAGAUAUGUGGGCGUGGUCGCAGUCUCUACACAGCCAUAUGGGUGUGGUCGUUCGUGUGCAAACGUGGGCGUGGUCACAGCCUCUACACAGACAUGUGGGCGUGGUUAUUUGUUUCUACAGGGACGCCUGAGUCUGGUUACAGUUCCUCUAAUAGCACGUUGAGGCGUAGGGGGCGGGAUCAGAGUUUCUACAGAAGCAUGUGGGUGUGGUUACUAUAUUUGAUAGUAUUUUAUAGCAUCACUUCUCAAAUCUGACCCCCAGUGUGGGAUAGACGUGAGCGUUAGAAAACCUUACUAACAAAAUACGCACAUUUUUUACAUUUUGCUUCACAAAUUAGAACCAGUUGUGUAUUUGUUCUCGUUACAAGUGUUUGUCUCCUGUAAUUCUUUUUAGGAUCGAAAUCCACCGACCGAAUUUUUGCAUAAAAUGGUUAAACACGGUCACUCGUGGCCAGGAUAGUUGUGUGUAAGGCUCUCUUAAGGGGAGCAGAGAUCUCAGGGACGUGUGUGUGCUGGUUCCUGGAAGAAUGUUGCAUUAUAUUUAUAUUCAUGUUUGUUUCUGAUCAGCAUUUGGUCCUGAAAGAAAGAAAGAAAGAGAAAGAAAGAAAGAAAGAAAGAAAGAAAGAAAGAAAGAAAGAAAGAAAGAAACUGUUAUGAUCAGAUCCAGUGUACUGUAGAUCAGAUCCAGUAUAGAUCAGAUCCAGUGUAGAUCAGAUCCGGUAUAGAUCAGAUCCAGUGUAGAUCAGAUCCAGUGUAGAUCAGAUCCAGUGUACUGUAGAUCAGAUCCAGUGUAGAUCAGAUCCAGUAUAGAUCAGAUCCAGUAUAGAUCAGAUCCAGUAUAGAUCAGAUCCAGUGUAGAUCAGAUCCAGUGUAGAUCAGAUCCAGUGUAGAUCAGAUCCAUUAAAGAUCAGAUCCUGUGUAGAUCAGAUCCAGUGUAGAUCAGAUCCAGUGUAGAUCAGAUCCAUUAAAGAUCAGAUCCUGUGUAGAUCAGAUCCAGUGUAGAUCAGAUCCAGUAAAGAUCAGAUCCAUUGUAGAUCAGAUCCUGUGUAGAUCAGAUUCCUCUGAGAUUUGAUUUUAUUCCAUCGGGAAAUGAUUUCAGAAGUAAAAGGUUGAGCAAUAAGAGACCGGGUUUGUUACAUUAGACACACGCCGGUUUUCCGACGCUUAAAUUUUAUGUCAAUAAAUAAUGUUUCUUGUUCGGAUUAAAACAUCGACCUCCUCGUGGGAGGAUCCAGAGCGCUGCUUUAAUGCUAAUUAGUCACAUUUCUAUCAUUUUUAUAAUUGUAUUUUUCCUGUACUAAUUUAACGUAUUAAGUUCUGUCUAUUUUUGAUCUUAGAUAAAGUGCCAACGACGAGAAACCGAUCAGAAUAAAAACUGAAAUGUGCCAUUGGAGAACUUGUGUGUUUUCAGAAAACACUGCUGCUAAGUUGCGUAAGAGAAAACAUCUACUUUGUGGUUGAAUUGUUUCCUUGGCGCUUAAAUGUACGCAGAAACGUAAUUAAAAUAUUACUUUAAACGCUUAA